AUGUUCCGCACCGCUGUCCUCCGCACAUCCGCCUCGGCCGUCCGCGCUGUCGCCCGACCCGUCGCCAUCCGAAGAACAGCUGCCCUGGCCGCUGCUCCCCGCGCCGCCGCCGCCCCUGUCCGUGUCCAGAGCCUCGUGGGCGUGAGGAUGUACAGCGCCGGCGGUGGCCUGCACAAGGAGGAGGUCGAGGGCCGCAUCAUGAGCCUGCUGCAGGGAUUCGACAAGGUCAACGACGCUACCAACAUCAAGCCCACUGCUCACUUCGCCAACGACCUCGGCCUGGACAGCCUCGACACCGUCGAGGUCGUCAUGGCCAUCGAGGAGGAGUUCAGCAUCGAGAUCCCCGACAAGGACGCCGACGGCAUCCACUCAGUUGACAAGGCUGUCGAGUACAUCCUCAACCAGCCCGAUGCUCACUAA